CCAGUGAUCCAGAAAAGCGCCAUGGGCCUGAUCACUGAAGAUCUUAUUAGACGGAAUGCUGAGCACAACGACUGUGUAAUUUUUUCCCUGGAGGAACUUUCCUUGCAUCAGCAAGAAAUAGAAAAACUAGAACAUCUCGACAAAUGGUGCCGGGACUUAAAAAUCCUCUAUCUUCAAAACAACCUCAUUGGAAAAAUUGAAAACGUCAGCAAACUCAAGAAACUUGAAUAUUUGAAUUUAGCGCUAAACAACAUUGAAAGAAUUGAAAAUUUGGAAGGAUGUGAAUGGCUGACAAAACUUGACUUGACUGUGAAUUUUAUUGGUGAACUGAGCAGCGUUAAAACCCUGAGGCACAACAUCCACCUCAAGGAGCUCUUCCUCAUGGGCAACCCAUGCACUGACUUUGAUGGCUACAGGCCAUUCGUGGUGGUGACCGUACAGCAGCUAAAGUGGUUGGAUGGCAAAGAAAUAGAGCGGUCUGAAAGGAUCCAGGCAUCGCAGAACUACCCAGCCGUUGAACAGCAAAUCAGAGAGCAGGAGAAAGCUUACUGCCUUAGACGGGCCAAAGAGAAAGAGGAGGCUCAGAGGAAACUCCAGGAAGAAGAUGAGGACAAGAAGAAAAGCCACCCAGGCUCUGCCGGGUGUCCGCACACGGACACUCAUGCUGUUUGUCCAUCUUCCUUAGAGAACAAAGACCGUCUCCAGGUUUCAGAGACACAAGAAGAGGAACACAGCACGAAGAAAUCAGACGAAAAUGAAGAUGACAUGGCAUUCUGGAACAAACCCUCUUUGUUUACUCCUGAAUCGAGAUUGGAAACUCUUAGACACAUGGAAAAACAGCGUGAAGCCCAGGAAAAAUUAAGUGGAAACAAGAAGAAGGUGAAACCACCUCGGACCUUGGUCACUGCAGAUGGGAAGGUGCUGAAUGUCAAUGAAGCCAAACUUGAUUUCACUUUGAAAGAUGAUGAUAAACACAACCAGAUCAUCUUGGACCUGGCCAUCUAUAGGUACAUGGAUACUUCGCUAAUUGACGUUGAUGUGCAGCCAACUUAUGUUCGCGUAAUGGUCAAAGGAAAGCCAUUCCAGCUUGCACUUUCUGCAGAGGUGCAGCCAGACAGCAGCUCUGCUAAACGGUCUCAGACAACAGGACAUCUGCUGAUCUGCAUGCCCAAGGUAGGAGAAUUGAUCACAGGAGGUCAACGAACACCCAUGCCUGUGAAAAGCGUCCUGGACAGCAGCAAAGAACAAGCAAGCCACAGAAGAAAGCAGACAGAAAGACUAGAAGUCGAUCCCAGCAAGCAUUCCUACCCUGAUGUGACUACUAUAGUACAAGAGAAAAAACACAAACCUAAAAAAAUGGAAUCUCAACUCCAAGCUGCACCCAGUGAGGAAGACCCCGACUUUGAUGAUAACCCAGACGUGCCUCCACUAAUUUGAAGCAUGUGGCUGUGUUGUCAUUGACUGUGACCCAGUCAUCCCAUGUUCUUGGUGUA